AUGCGCUCUAUCUUGUCUAAGCUAUCGAUGUUGAUUCUGGCUGCUGUCCAGCUGCCUCGCGCAUUGGCAGCACCUGGCACCAGUCGACGGUCCACCUGCACAGAGCCAACUAUUCGUGUGGAAUGGAAUACAUUGACAGAAGACGAGAAGGCGGCAUACUUCGCGGCGGAGCUCUGUCUCCUUGAGGCACCUGCUCAAACCGACAUUCCAGACGUCGUGUCAUGCUACGAUGACUUCGUUGGUACACAUCAGCAGCAAAGUGAUUUAACAGACGGCAAUGAUUUCUGGCAUGUAACUGGACAGUUCUUACAUGUCCACCGUUAUUUCGUCUAUGCCCACGAAACAAUCCUCCGUAACGAAUGCGGAUACACUGGUGCUUUACCGUACUGGAAUGAAGCUGUUGACGCUGGUGCAUUUUCGACCUCUCCCGUGUUACUAGACUUUGGAGGGAACGGUAGUGAGGAAAAUGACUGGGCUGUCAUUGACGGGCCUUUCGCUAAUCUCACACGGUACCUGGGCACUGGGACAACGAAUACGGAGCACCUCCUGACGCGUGAAGUGGACGAGAACAUCUCACUCGUAGCCGGACAGACAUACGUUGAUGCUUUGCUUGCCCUUGACACGUUUGCGGAGUUCAAAAAAGCUUUGGGUGUUUUAAGCACAGAGCUCGGGAUCCAUGUCGCAGGGCAUGGUGGUGUCGGAGGGGAUAUGGUUGACGUUUCAACUUCGCCUAAUGAUCCAAUAUUCUGGAUGCAUCACGGAUAUAUUGAUUAUGUUUGGUGGAAGUGGCAGGGCGACAACGAGACUCGUAUCAAUGAUUUGAAUAACAUCGGGUAUGAGUCGGAGAAAGAGCCUGCGACCGAUUAUGUUGAGACCACCGGAGCUACCGUGUUGUAUAUGUUCGACAUUCUUCCUAAUGCAACGGUUGCCGACGUGUUAAGCACGGAAGAUGGUUUCUUGUGCUACACUUUUGCGGUUUGA